UCCUGAGAUGACAGAGAGGCAAAAUGAUAUCUCCUUGAUGGAGGAACGCAAACGCGCCGCUCCGCAGAUGCUUACGGAUUUGGGUGAACUUCUCUGCCGCUACGCACAGUCGGGAGAAGACGUCUUCCCACGCGGAUUGGUGAAUAUUCUGAACUGCACAUGGAAAGAACUGACUGCGGAUGCUCAUCAUAAAACAAGCAGCCCCUCACAAACAGACACGAUCAAACAACGAAAGGAGAAAAGGUCCGGUGUUUCGUUUAGAAAGAACAGAGUACCCGCGUCUCAAGCAUCAACAACCAUUGGAUUUGCAAUGUCUUCCAAAUCCUGCAAAGACCAAGAAUGGAUCAUUCAGCCAGUGGAAGCAACUCCCACUAACUCUCACUGGACUAGUAUGUGUCAGUGGGUUUUGGAUCGGCUUCAACAAGCUCAAAAACCUUUAGGUGUGCCGGGGCAGAGUGCAGUUCUCCUUCGUCACUAUGGUGACUCGAAAGACCAUGGGAAUAAAAUCACCACCAGCAAAGUUCAGAUGUUUGUUCUGCGUAAUGGCACCCCCAAAGUCCCAGCGCUAAGGCUUGAGACUGCACCACUGCAGAAACUACACUACAGGGUCCAAGAUGGAACAUCGGUCAUUUACUAUCCCUCAGGUCAAGUUGCCGUGUGCCAGAGUCACUCGGGCUUGGGCUCUGGUGGUUUCUACACACAUGUCUACAGCGAUACGUCCCCAGCGUGUGUUUUGGCCACUGUCACAGCAUUUGGACGUGGAACUGUCUCACGGCCUCAGAGGGGAGUGAUGUGUGCUGUGUGGGAUCAGAGUGGGGGGAUGAUGUUGGACCCAACUGGGAGAGUGACUAAGAGAUGGAGCUGGUGCUCGGGCAAAAAGCCAGGGAAGGCCGUGCUGAUCGAGGUAACAGAAGAAAUGACUGUGAGACUAUGCAGUGGCACCAACGCUAGCCUGAUGUUCAUAGCUCAGAAUGAAACUGUCCAUCUCUCAUUACCUGUUCUACCUGAGCUAGAAACGCAAAACAAACAGAUGUCAUCACAAGCCAGUGAGGCCCUUCGGGUCGACCAGGAGGCCGCAUGUGGGGAGGCUCCAUCUCGGUUUCAGCAGGGAGCCUGUCCACUCCUGGAGCUGAAGAGGCUGCGGAGGAGAGCCAGGCUCAUCGCUGAGACAUGGCUGCAGCACUACCACAUAGUCACGGGUGUUUGCGGCCUGGAUAAGAGGAGCUUGCAGCCCCUGGGGCAGCAGAAGCUGGGGCAGAAGACGCAGUCUGUACCCCUGCCCUCUUUGGCCACUUCUGUCCUAAAACACGACAGCUCAGCUCAAUCCCACAGAGGCUCUGGAAGAGGACAGACCACCAGACAUUUAUGUGCUCCGAUAAGUCACCUUGCAUCUUCCUCACUGAAAAAACAGUGCCAUGUGGCGCAGAUGAAGCCGCUGAAGGACGAGCCGCAGCACCUCACAGACGCCGGGAUCAUCAGGGUUCACAGUAACAUCAAACUAAAUUCAGUUUUAGUUCCAUGGCUCCCUGCAAACUGGCACCCAUCGCCCAUGCCCCACGAUCCCUUUGGCUCUGCCAUCGCCUGCCCGGUUGUUCUCUGUGCCACCCUGAGGGGAGAGGAGAGCUGGCAGUCGCGCCGCUGCAGUUGCAAGCAGAUACCCACCCUGACUGACACGGAGUUCGAUGCCUUCAUAGCUGGACAGGGGUCAGACAGUGAGCAGAUCUGGGUGGUGUGCAUCACCUCACCCCCUUCACCCAGUAGUGACAGACUGGAAGAGCUUUACAGGAAGAUCAACAGAAAUAGAAAUAUGCCCUGUACACAGUGUCAGAUGGACUCCUACCGACUCCUGCGAUAUGAAGUUCCUAGUCCAGAAGUCCGGAGGGAGAUCCACAUCACGCUAUUGCAGCGUAGACAUAAUGUUGCUCCUGGGAUGUUCCUGCUGUACCUCAGAGGGAAGCUUCUCUUCGCCGACUACAUCUGUAGUGCUCACGGCUGCUCUGUUAGGGAACUUCAAAAACAAGUGGCCAAAACCAGAAGAGAGUACCGGCUUGGCCAGUUCCUGCCUUCAGACUUUAAAUCCAGUUCACAGUUGAGGAGUGGCACUGUCCUUGGUGAUGGUUCUUAUCCAGGGCUAAGAGAUCAAACUCUUGCUGAAGGAGGUCUGUGUAUGAAUCAGUCCCCAAAAGAUUCCCUGGAAUACACAUAACAAGUGCCAGGCAUUGGCAGGGGAAUAUUGCAGGACUUUAAGAGGCCAAGAAGACUCUCUGCAGUUCACCCUUCAGUAACCACAGUAGCCUCCUGCUGCUUCUCGUGUAAGCAGCAUGUUCUGAAGCGAUGAGGAUAAGCCUGAGUGCAGUGGAACCAACAGUGUCACGUUUUGUUACUGUAGCCCACGGCCGCAACAGGCCCCCCAACGUGCAGCCAGCUAUG